CUUCAGGCGAGCGGCUGAGGCAGAAGGCAGGUGAAGACCAGCACUUGCCCUGUCCAGCUCAGGAAAGAAGAUGGUAACCAUGCUUAGCUUAUGAAAACGCCUGCUUGCAUCUUAAUACACAAUGUCCCUGCUCUUCAUUCGCUCUAAGUCCAUCAUCGCGAGCAAAAAGGACAAGAGACAUAUGGCGGAAGUCAGUGCCUCCCCCCUGAAGCAUUUUGUCACUGCCAAGAAAAAAAUAAAUGGCAUCUUUGAACAGUUGGCAGCUUACAUCCAGGAGAGCUCCGUGUUUCUGGAAGAAACGCACAAGAACGGUGAGCUUGACCCGGUCACCACAGAAGAGCAGGUGUCCGAGGUCAAGGGCUACCUGUCCAAGGUCAGCGGGAUCAGCGAGGUGCUGGCCAGGCGACACAUGAAAGUGGCUUUCUUUGGGCGGACGAGCAAUGGGAAAAGUACGGUGAUCAACGCCAUGCUGUGGGAUAAAGUCCUUCCCUCUGGGAUCGGCCACACCACAAAUUGCUUCCUGAGAGUGGAGGGGACGGACGGGCAGGACGCCUUCCUCCUCACCGAAGGCUCCGAGGAGAAGAAGAGUGUCAAGACGGUCAACCAGCUGGCUCACGCCCUCCACCAGGACGAAUUGCUAACUGCCGGGGGUCUGGUCAGCGUCAUGUGGCCGAAUUCCAAGUGCCCUUUGCUCAAGGAUGAUCUCGUUUUGAUGGACAGCCCUGGAAUUGACGUCACCACUGAGCUGGAUAGCUGGAUUGAUAAAUUCUGCUUGGAUGCGGACGUGUUUGUGUUGGUGGCCAACUCUGAGUCGACCCUGAUGCAGACGGAGAAACAGUUCUUCCACAAAGUCAACGCUCGCCUCUCUCGGCCAAACAUUUUCAUUCUGAAUAACCGCUGGGACGCUUCGGCAUCCGAACCGGAAUACAUGGAGGAGGUUCGCCGGCAACACAUGGAACGCUGCACCAGCUUCCUGGUGGACGAGCUGGGCGUGGUGGAUCGUGCCCAGGCUGGUGACCGCAUCUUUUUUGUCUCUGCGAAAGAGGUCCUGAACGCCCGCAUCCAGAAGGCUCAGGGUAUGCCUGAAGGAGGUGGAGCCCUGGCGGAGGGUUUCCAAGUGAGGAUGUUUGAAUUCCAGAAUUUUGAGCGAAGAUUUGAGGAGUGCAUCUCACAGUCUGCGGUCAAGACCAAGUUUGAGCAGCACACGGUCAGAGCCAAGCAGAUUGCUGAGGAGGUCCGGCACAUCAUGGACUCCGUCCACGUGGCCGCACAGGAACAGAGAGUGUAUUGCCUGGAGAAGUGGGACGACCGCCAGGAGCGCCUGGGGUUCAUAGAGAAACAGCUGGACUUGCUCUCCCAGAGCUACAAACUGAAAAUCAAGGAACUCACGGAAGAGGUGGAGCGCCAGGUUUCCAACGCCAUGGGAGAGGAGAUCAGGAAGCUGUCAGUGCUGGUGGACGAGUUUCAGCUGGAUUUCCAUCCUUCCCCGGUGGUCCUGAAGGUGUAUAAGAACGAGCUGCAUCGACACAUCGAGGAAGGCCUGGGCCGCAACAUGUCAGAUCGCUGCUCCAGUUCCAUCGCAGCUUCUUUGCAGAUCAUGCAGCAAGAAAUGAUUGAUGGCCUGAAGCCGCUCCUCCCCAUCUCCCUGAGGGGGCAGAUCGAGCUGCUGGUGCCCAGGCAGUGCUUCGCCCUCAGCUACGACCUGAACUGCGACAAGCUCUGCGCCGACUUCCAGGAAGACGUCCAGUUCCAUUUCUCCCUCGGCUGGACCAUGCUGGUGAACCGGUUUCUGGGGCCCAAAAACACCCGCCGGGCUUUGAUGGGCUACAGCGACCAGGUCCAGCGUCCGUUGCCCCUGACCCCAGCGAACCCAAGCUUGCCCCCCAUGCCACAGGGUUCCUUGACUCAGGAGGAGCUGAUGGUCUCCAUGGUGACCGGCUUGGCCUCCCUCACCUCCAGGACUUCGAUGGGCAUCCUGGUGAUCGGUGGAGUGGUCUGGAAGGCGGUGGGCUGGAGGCUGAUCGCCCUCUCCUUGGGCCUCUACGGACUCCUGUACGUCUACGAGCGCCUCACCUGGACCACCAGGGCGAAAGAGCGGGCCUUCAAGCGCCAGUUCGUGGACUACGCCGGAGAGAAGCUUCAGCUCAUUGUCAGCUACACCGGCUCCAACUGCAGCCACCAAGUGCAGCAGGAACUGGCGGGAACUUUUGCUCAGCUCUGCCAGCAGGUGGACGUGACAAGAGAAGAUUUGGAGAAAGAAAUUGCAGGCCUGAAUCAAAAGAUUGAGAUUUUGGAUACUUUACAGAGUAAAGCCAAGUUGCUUAGGAAUAAAGCUGGAUGGCUGGACAGUGAGCUGAACAUGUUCACACAUCAAUAUUUGCAGCAGAGCAGAUAAGCAACUGAAAUGGGAGUCCAGGAAGAGGCUGUCUGUCCCUC